AUGUACUCCAGAUGCCACAGGAUCUGGUAUGAUUCGGAGGGCAAGACUUGGUGGAUAUGGGAUGGGAAGCGCUUCAAGCAGGCUGCAAUCGAGACGGUCAAAUAUAUCUGCAUUCAUCAGCUGAGCACCGUUUACGGUCGACUUCGAGCAGAAUUGAAGGAGCAGAUAGAUGAGACCGUCGACGAGAAUGAAAAAAAGUUGCUGAGCAAGCGUCUCGACAAAGUGAGACGCUACUACGACGCUGGUGAGAUUGGCUCGACCUUGACGAUCAUGGCAGGGGAGAUGGCCCUGGAUUUGGUUGGGGAGCUGGACGCCAAUCCGGACAUCCUGAACGUUCAGAACGGGGUCAUCAACCUGCGCACUGGCCAGCUCGACAUUCACAGGCCGGAGUACUUGUGCACCAAGCUAGCUGACGUCAACUUCAAGGGGCUCAGUCAUCCGACCCCCACCAUCCGCAAUUUCCUGGACGACAUCUUCAACGGCGACCAAGCACUCAUUGAGUUCAUGCGGAGGCUAUGGGGGUACGCCAUAAACGGGCGGAUUAGCGAGGAGAUCAUUGUGUUCUUACUCGGGAGCGGCGGGAAUGGCAAGGGGGUCUGCAAGGAGAUGCUCGAGAACACGCUGGGCGAGUACUACGGCGUGAUGGCCAAGGACGCUGUGGUGAAGCCUCCCGGGCAGCGACCCCCCACCAAGGGUGCUGCCACGGGCUACCUCGCUGAAUUAAAGGGCUUCCGGGUUGCUAUCACGGACGAAACGAGCCCGGGCGAGCGCGUUGAUCUCGGGCUCGUCCUCAUGAUGACCGGCGGGGGAAAGCAGAGUUUUCGAAACCUCUUCGAGAAAAACGCUACGAUCCGCUUUACCCAUACGCCUUUCAUCCAAACCAACUACGAUCCUGAGAUUCCCCCGACCCUGGCAAAGCAGGCCAACAUUGACCGCCGCCUCAUCGUGGUUCGAUUCCCAAACGAGUACGUGUCUGAGAACAAGUUCGACGAAACGAACCCUAGCCAUAGGCUCGUGGAUGGCAGUCUGAAGCAGCGGAUGCAGACGCCAGCGGUCUGUGAAGAGUUCCUCACGUUCUUGAUCCAAGGGAGCUGCGCUUGGUACGAGGACCCCACGGUCUUGCGCCGGCACCCGCCGGCCGUUCAGGCGGCCUCGAUGGCGUGGCUGCAGCGUGGAGACAAGCUGCAGACCUUCCUGCAGUCGGAGCACUGCGUCCUGGAUGCAGCUGACACGCCCGAAGCCGCAAAGACCGUCACGUGGGAGGACGAAUUCUGGAGACAGUUCCAGUUGUUUGCAGGGCUGAAGAUUGCCAAGGAGGAGUUGGCUAGGCAGAUGCGGGAGAAAGGGUAUGGGAGAACGAAGCGCGCUGGGCGUUUCACCGGCGAUCUCGCUUCCCAGCGGAGCUCUUGCUAUGUAGGCUUCAAGUGCGAGUACGAUUGA